AUGCCAACAUGGUGGCCUGAAUUUGCCAGAGAAGCAGCUAUCAAUGAGACAAGCGAUACAACUUUGAAAUCCGAGGAGUUGAAAAAACACACAUCACUUUCAAUACCUCGUAACUCUACAAUACUCUGUAGCAGCGACAACAACAUCCCUAUCAGUCUAAGAGUUUCACCACCCCUUCCUACCUUUACUUGGCCUACCGAGAAUACCUUUACAGCCCUCCCUACACGAUCCUCCCCAAUGUACGUAUCUACGUCGAAAACGCAUACGAUAGAGUCUUCCGAGAGGUUGUGGGAGGUGGAAGAAAUACUACAAAUGCGUCUUGUCCGAGGUCAAGGAUUGCGUGCAAAACGAGCAAAGCGAUAUUUGGUACGAUGGACGCCCAGUCUGCUGUCUGCUGAGAAACUCCAUUAUGCCCAAAAGACUUGGAAGAUCGUCAAGACGUCGCCGGGUAUACAUACAGACAAAGGAGGAGCCUUUUAUCAAAAGAUCAAAGUUCAGUGGGCUCCGUCGUGGGUAUCAUCCCUUGACUUUGGUCCAGCAAUGGGAGCAUGGGAGACUGCGAGCCACUUGUCAGUUUAG